AUGGCCGAGCUGUCGGAGGCGUCCCAGGGCUCUGACGACUCCAGCUUCGACAUCUUCGAGUGGUAUCCGCGAUAUCAGAGCUGUCAACGAUACUUUCUGGACCAUGCGCAGCACAGCGUUCCCGUGCAGGCCCUCUGCGCCUUCCUCAACAUUCGACUCCCUUUCCAGAGACAGCCUAAUCCCAUCUUCAAUUCCAACGACGCCUCCGGCACUCCUCCAGCUCAGCCCCCGUCCGCCUCUGCUCCCAUCACCCCUCUUCCGCCCUCCGUAUCCCUGGUCCCUUAUAUCCGGCGCCUAGUCGCCACGGGGAUGGAUUUCCCCGGGGUACUGCAUGGAUUCUUUGGGGACGAUUGGCGGACCGGAGUUGGACCGCUCCAUGACCAGGAACGCCGCAAUUAUCUGUUCGCGGCCAAGAGCGGCGGAUGGGCGUCGGUGAAGAAGGAUUACGAUAUUCCACCCUUGGAAACGAUUCCCUUCCUGCGGCCCCUGCAAGGCCCUCUGGAUUCCGAGAUCGAGGCCGCCGAGCGGAGCUGGAGCGAGUGGUUGGCGAUGGAAGACUGGAUGGUUGGACCUCGCGCUCCCGACGUGCUGCAAGAUUCUUUCUCCCAGGGAUCACGACAACACCGCGGAUCGAGAUCAUGA